GAGAUCUGACAUUGAUGAAAUAUGCCCCAAAUAAAAUUGAAUGGCAUCACAGUGGAUUUUCCAUUUCAACCUUACAAAUGUCAGGAAGAGUACAUGUCCAAAGUGCUGGAGUGCCUGCAAAAGCAAGUGAAUGGGAUUUUGGAGAGUCCCACAGGCACCGGGAAGACAUUAUGCCUCCUGUGUUCAACCUUGGCUUGGCGGGAGCACUUCAAAGAUGCCAUCUCUGCACAGAAGAUUGCCCAGCGGCUAAAUGGAGCUGAACUCUUCUCUGACCGACCCAUGUCGUCUUGGGGAAAUGUUGUCACAGGUGCUGAUAUCCCAGCUUAUUAUACUGAUGUUCCUAAAAUAAUUUAUGCCUCCAGAACUCAUUCUCAGCUCGCUCAGGUCAUCAAUGAAUUAAAGAACACAGUUUACAGGCCGAAAGUAUGUGUGUUGGGCUCCAGAGAGCAGCUUUGUAUCAAUCCUGAAGUUAAAAAGCAGGAAAGCAACUAUAUGCAGAUUCACAUGUGUCGCAUGAAGGUAACAACUCGCACGUGCCAUUUCUAUAACAAUGUGGAAGAGAAGAGCACCGAGAAAGACCUGAUCGACCCCAUCUUGGAUAUUGAAGAACUCGUUAAAAAUGGAAACAAGCACAGAGUUUGCCCCUAUUACCUCUCUCGGAGUUUGAAGCAGCAAGCAGACAUCAUUUUUAUGCCUUAUAACUAUUUAUUGGACUCAAAGAGUCGUAGAGCUCACAACUUAGACUUGAAGGGGACUGUAGUAAUACUUGAUGAAGCUCACAACGUGGAGAAGAUGUGUGAAGAGUUGGCGUCGUUUGACUUGACUCCCUACGACUUAGCUUCAGCUGUCGAUGCCAUUAACGUCGUGUUGGAAGAACAGGCCCAACAAGUUCAGAGGAAUGAAACCAGCUCUGAAUUCAAUCUGGAGCAUGCCAACUCAGGAUUAAACAUGGAGCUGGAAGAUAUAGCAAAGCUAAAGCAAAUUCUUCUUCAGCUGGAAAAUACUAUUGAUGCUGUAGAGCUGCCGCCAAGUGGAAGUGGACUCACUAAGGAUGGAAGCUACAUAUUUGACCUCUUUGCGAAAGCUCAGAUUACAUUCCAAACCCAGAACAGCCUCCUUGAGUCGCUGGAGCAAAUUGUACAAUAUCUAGCAGGCCGUACUGGGAUAUUCACUAACACUGCUGGAUUGCAUAAAUUUGUAGACAUCAUCAAGACUGUUUUUAACUUUGAUUCAUCAGAAGGAACAUCUAGCUCAACUCUAGGGUGCUCAGUAUCAAAGUAUUAUAAGGUCCAUAUCCACCCUGAUACGAGUAAUCAAAAAAGGAAGCAGAGAACAGACCUGUGGAAUUCAUCAGUAACAAAAAAACAAGGGAAGGUCUUAAGCUAUUGGUGCUUCAGUCCUGGGUACAGCAUGCAGGAGCUAGUUCGCCAGGGAGUCCGGACAAUCAUUCUGACGAGCGGGACGCUCUUCCCCAUUUCCUCUUUUACUAUGGAAAUGCAGAUACCAUUUCCAGUUUGUUUGGAAAACCCGCACGUUAUCGAUAAACACCAGAUUUUGGUUGGGAUCAUCCCUAAAGGACCUGAUGGAGGUCUGCUGAGCUCCACUUAUGAAAAAAGAUUUUCAGUGGAAUGUCUGUCUUCUCUUGGGAAAACAAUAGGAAAUCUUGUCCGAAUCAUCCCACAUGGGCUGCUUGUGUUCUUCCCUUCAUAUCCUGUCAUGGAUAAAAGCCUGGAGUUUUGGAAAGAGCAUGAUUUUACGAAAAAAAUAGAAGCCGUGAAACCAAUGUUUGUGGAACCAAGAAACAAAGGGACAUUCACAGAGGUCAUUGAUGCCUAUUAUGAAAAGAUUGUCUGUCCCAAGUCCAACGGCGCUGUGUUUUUGGCUGUUUGCCGGGGGAAGGCCAGUGAAGGGUUGGACUUCGCUGAUCGGAAUGGACGAGGUGUCAUCAUCACAGGCCUUCCUUUCCCCCCUCGCAUGGACCCCAGGAUCAUUUUAAAGAUGCAGUUCUUAGAUGAGAUGAGAGCAAAAUAUGCUGGUGGACAGUAUUUAUCUGGAAACAGCUGGUACAAGCAGCAGGCAUCUCGUGCAGUAAACCAGGCCAUCGGCAGAGUCAUCCGCCAUCGACAAGAUUAUGGUGCCAUCUUCCUCUGUGAUCACAGGUUCAUGAAUACAGAUACAAGAGCUCAGUUGCCUUCCUGGGUCCGUCCUUACAUCAAGAUUUAUGAAAAUUUUGGGCAAGCUGUCAGAGAGGUGUCUCUUUUCUUCCGCGUUGCACAAAAAUGUAUGCCUGUGCCACCGCCUCGUGUUCCCUCUUGCACCACAACUGGAGAGGCAGGAGACUCUUCAUCUUCUACCUCACACGAACAGCUCCUUUCUGUGAGGAGAGCCAGCAAUUUAGAUGACCACGUUCCUAGUUUGAAAAGGAAAAGGAUAGAUAAUGGCGUGGCCGGCCUGUGUGUAGAGUAUGAUCAGGGCCCGACCUCCUCAAGAAGGCAGCUUGCUGGCCUCCUGGAUGCCCUGGAGCACAAUGAAAAAAAGCACGGAGAGGCGGAUGAGGAAGGCGGCUUGCCCGGAGAAGAGAAGGCAAAACGUUUGUCAACUUUAUGCCUUCAGCAUGACAAAAGGCUUAUGGACGGGCAGAAAGGAGGCAGAAAAAAGAUCAAGAUAGUCAGCAAUCUGCAGGCUGGUAAAGUACCAGAGCCCUCAGAGCCCAAAACAGCAAGGGCUGCAGCUUUCAUCGCAACAGUGAAGCAAUCCCUGAGCCAGCUAAAUUUCAACACAUUCUCAAGGGCCCUCCAGCAGUACAAGAACACAAAUGACUUCAACGCUAUGUUAUCACAGAUGAGUGCACUUUUUGUGGAAGACCAGGAAAAGCACGUCCUGCUGCGAGAGUUUUACCAGUUCAUUCGGCCGCAGCACAAAAAGCAGUUUGACGAAGCUUGCUGCGGCUUGACUGGAGCGGGUUGUGGCUACAAACCUGAGCACAGCCUUCUGCGGGAGGAGAGGCUGCUUCUGGCCAAGAACGGAGAAAAGGAAUGUGAGAAGAAAAUCACCUUUUUGGAGAAUUCAUCUGGGCAGCUUGACUCUGAGCAGCACUUGAACAAAGGAGGAUCUCACCUAACAUCCAUGUCAGAUGCCACAGGGGGGAGCUGUGCCGACGUGACUGAGGAUCCCUCCAAGAAACCAUCCCACCCUCAGAAGGAGAGCCGCAACCAGAUAAUCCGGUCAGCCUAUCUGAGUGACCUCAAGACGGCUCUAGACAAAAGCAGCUUCAACAGCUUCUUUUCGGCACUCUCAGCAUACAAGAGGACGGAUGACUAUAACGCCAUGGUGUCUGUGGUGGCCGCCCUCACCACAGGGAAGCCGGAACAUUUUCAUCUGCUACAAAGGUUCUCCAUGUUCGUGCGCCCCCAUCACAAGAGCCAAUUCAGACAGAUGUGCAAAGACCUGACUGGAAUGAAUUGCCCCAGCGAAAGUGAGGAGGUUCUGCUGCCAGCACCAGAAGGGAAAUCGCACAGCUUGGGGGCCCCAGGCUGCACCGUGAAAGACAGUGGGUGUCGGGAUAAAGCCGCCAGUCCAACCCCAGGCUCAUCCAAGAGCAAGGCAGAAGAACAGCUCCAGAGACCAGCCUCUCCCAUAAGCAACUUGCAACCACCCAAGACCAAGGGAGGUCCCAGCAGUUUACGAGCGCCCACAAAUUCCGACGACGUACCGAUCUCACCAGUACACGGAGGAUUCCAGUGUGUUAGAUGCAAAACUGAGCAUGGUGUGCCUUUUAAGUGCCAGCUGUGUGCCUUCACUUGUUGCAAAGCAUGCUGGGAGAAUCUCUUAAAGAUUGCCAAGAAGUGCCCAGGAUGCCAAGCUGAUACCAAGAGAAGGCAUUUAGCUCUUUCUUACUGGCCAGAUGCCCAGUGAAAGAGAUGUACAUUGACAGCAUCAGCUCCUUAACCAGGAAGACAUGAAAGGAACCAAAAUGUACAUUUGUUUUAAGGGAGUUUCUUAUGUGUUAUCCAUCAUAAGAUUUCCAGCUCUCGGUGGAAGAUGAGAGAAGCAAUAUGAUCUUUCAGAUUACAAUUACACAGGUAUUCUAAGACAUUCGACACUUUUGUAGUUCUCAGUCCCUUCGGGAUUACAUUUUUGAUAAAGCCAUUGCAUUUUCAUCCUUUUUGGUGAGGCUGCGUGCCUUUUAGCUUGUUGCAGAACGUUACAUGGGCAACUUUGGAUUUAUACGCUCUCUCAGUCUCAGUGCCUUUCGUUAGCAGAGUUUGUGUGUCAGUCUUAUCAGGAAUUAAUGUAAAACCUCCAUGAAAUCAUUGUGGUUUGGCCUCUUAUGGGAUGCUUUUGGAUUUUAGGCUUUAUUUGUAAAAAGAUGCAAUUGGUUUGUGGACAGCAAAAAGCAGCUGGGUCGGUUUUGUCAAGCUGAGGUGGUCUCUUUGCUGGCUGAUUACCAGAAAAGAGUUUUAAAAAAGAAAAAAAGACUCAACCAAAGAAAACUCUAAUUGAAGUCAUUUAUCAGCUCAUGAGAAGGCUUUGUUUGUUCAGCUCAACAUAAUUUUGGCCAAUCUUGCGCUACUCCAAGCCUGUAGUGCUGAACAAUGACUGUCAUUUGUAAUUUUUUUGCUAAAUUAAGAAAUUGUGUCAAUUUUCAAAUGUAGAUAAUAUGCAGUGUUUACCUCCUGUAAAUAAACAUGUAUUUUUUU